AUGUUGUGGAUGCAGAGAUUAGAACUACAUGUGAAACAAUUAUCAGAGGCUCAUAAUGAAGACAAGAAACACAUUCAGAAGUUGGAAAGAGAGCUGUUGAACUGCUCUCAAGAGAUAGAUUACUUGCAGGAUCAGCUAAGUGCGAGGAAUUCAGAGGUGUACACCCUAGGGGAGCAUGUGCAUGAGCUUGAGAUGAAAUUAGUAAACACGGAACAUUUACAAGCAAGCAUUGGCCAGUUAAGGGAGGAACUGAAAAGGUGUGAUUCAGAGCACUUGUUAUUGAUACAGGAACUAGAGAGAAAAGAAGAAGAGUUGCAGCGGUCAGAUUUGUGCAUAGGGAAGCUAGAGGAAUUGAUUUCAUCUCUAACUCUAGAUUCCCAAUGUGAAAUAGAGAGCAUGAAGCUUGAUAUGAUAGCUUUGGAGCAGGCUUGCUUUGAAGCGAAAAAAAUGCAGGAAGAAACCAUCCAAGAAAAUGCUAGGAUGAAUGGGUUCAUCGAAGAACUUGAAUUUAAGAUUCGCGAUGCAAAGGAAAAUAUUGAACGUAUAGAAAAGGAGAACAUAGAAUUGAGGGAGAAACUUGUUACAUCUGAUGUGAACUCUAAAUUAUUUCCUCAGCAGAUUGAGGAGUGGCUUGAAAAUAAGGACGCAUCACAACACAAUAAUCAAUCAUACUUGAGUGAGAUAGAGUGCAAAAGUCAUAUGUCAAAAGAAAUGAGAGAGGCCCUAGGUAGAGUCUUUUCAAAGCUUGCAACGCUAUUGGGACUAGAAUCAAGCAACAAGUGGAUGGAUAGUAUGCCACAUCAGAUAAGCAAAUAUGAAGCUCUUGUGAAGCAGCUUAAGGAUGAAUUGAGAGAGGAAAAAUCAAGGGCAAAGGAAGAAGCAGAUGACCUAGCACAAGAAAUGGCUGAACUGAGGUACCAAAUGACAGCCUUGCUUGAAGAAGAGUGCAAGCGUCGUGCUUGUAUUGAAAAAGCAUCUUUGCAGAGAAUAUCCGAAUUAGAGGCACAGGGUUCAGUAUAUGAUAGCGAGCAUGUGAAAAAUGUAUUAACCAUACGCGCUUCACUCAUCAAUGAUAUAGAAAGAUAUCCAUUUAGGAUGAUUUUGGACAUUUCUGAUAGAAACACGUCCAAGUCUGUACAGUAUGAAAUCUCAGGAAACAUGCCUGUACAUUUCAGUGACAAACAUUUUAGAAGCCAAAUUUUGUGA